AUGUUACGUAGUAUUAGUAAUAAUGAUAGUAUUAGAAAUAUGACUGAAGCAGCUGGUCUGUGGUGGUCAGAUAGUGAUAGUGAUAGUGAUAGUAAUAAUUUAAGAAACAUAGUACCUAAUAAUACAAUUAGUAAUAUGGACGAGGUGGACGAUUUUAGCGAUAACGAUAGUAAUAUUGACAAUAUUAGGAAUAUACGUAGUAGUAAUUAUGAAAACGAUGUUAUGGAUUUACUUAAUGUAGAAAAUAAUUUAACUAUAGAAAGUAUUUUUAAUGAAGUAGAAAAUAGAUAUUAUAUAAAUAGGAAUAAUGAAAACCACUAA